AUGCUGGGCCAGACGUUCGAAUCUACGGAUUCCAAUCUUGGCUCGUCGGUUUCCACGGCUGCUUCCGUAGCCGGACUCGUCAGUCUCGCUAUCCAAUUAUCGCAACUGAGCUUCCAGUACGUUUCCAGCGUCAAGGGCUCCUCCAAAGUUUGGAGCGGGUACAUCCAGGAGCUCUCCACCCUCACCUCGGUUCUCUUGAAGCUCCAACAAGCGUACGAAGCGGCAGGAUCACGGGAUUUGCUCGGAAUCGUCUCGGGCCCCGGUCUGUCCGCGCAGACUAUCAACGAAUGCCACGAUGAGCUCUCUAGCCUCAAGUCGGCGUUGUCCGAAAGGCUCCAGAAGAGGGGGCUGCGCGGCAUGCUGGAGAAGCUGAGCUGGCCGUUUUCCGAGCCGGAUACGCAGGCGAAGGUUCUGAUGUUGCAUCGGUUCGGCAGUUUGUUUGGAUCUUCGCUUGUUGCGGACAAUUUAACCGUAUCGAUCGAAAACUACCGCCAUUUAAGAGAUAUCAAGGAUGUCAAGGACUUCGAGGACUUCCUGGCGUGGUUCGAGCCGAAGUAUGAGACGUUGCCCAUCUCUUAUGAGAACAUGCUCGAGGCAAUGUGCCCUGGGACUCGAUCAACCUUCCUCGGCUCAGAGACGUAUAUAAAAUGGAGAGACUCUCCGACGUUGGAAUCGCAGCAGCCCAUUUGGAUUUACGGUCCUCCUGGAUCCGGAAAGAGUGUCCUCUCUGCGACGAUUGUGAACGAUCUCAUGAGCUCUUGCCCCGAUGCAGCCAUCGCAUAUCACUUCUUCCAGUACAACCAAGAGGAGACGAUCCAAGACGUCCUCCGACACAUAACUCACCAACUCUUGUCCCAUCCCACGGUAGUGUCACAAGUGGCGAUCGGCCUUCGCAAGAAAAAGAUGCCCCGCAAUGCUUCACUUCUGCUCAAAGAUCUAGUUGCUGUCAUUUGCGAUAUUGCACUCACAUCUGGCCGAACCUACAUCGUCCUUGACGGCCUUGACGAGUUCCCUCAUUUCAACAAGUUGCUAAAGCAUUUACCCGAGUUUCUGAGAGCGAAAUCCCGGAUUAUUAUUUCCAGUCGUGAGCUGCCUAACAUCCAGACUCAUAUGAAAAGUGCGGUUCUUCUCGAUGCCCACGCAGAACGUUUGGACGUGGAGCUGUACGUCCAGUGGCGACUUGAAGAAGACUCUGAAAUCGAUGAAGAUCUCCUGAACGACAAUCUAAAGAGUGAGAUUAUCUCUAAAAUUGUGGGCCAAGUCGACGGAUCGUUUCUGCUGGCACGCCUCCUCAUGGACUCGAUCUGCAGCGCCACCACUGUCAAAAAACUUCGUAAGGCGCUAGACCUGAUGCCCACCAAUUACCAGGAAGCGUAUAGAGACACAUUCGACCGCAUCCUCAAGCAAGAUGAAGAACACAAAGGGCUGGCUAUAUCAGCCCUGAGCUGGAUUUGCAACUCAAGGCGCCCACUCGAUAUGAGUGAGCUUCAGCAUGCAAUUGCAAGCCUGGACGAGUCUCCAGAGUACACGCCGGAGGACUUGGAAUCCGACAAGUCUAUCUUGUCGUCAUGCCUCGGCUUCCUCGUUCAUUCAAAGUCAACGCGGACUGUUGAUCUGGUCCAUUCUUCCGCAAGAAACUUUCUCAUUGAACAGCUCGAUAUACAAACUCCGAGGUCGAACAUCACGAUUGGCCGCGCGUGCUUGCGGUACAUGUCAAGCCCGGAAAUGGCCAAGGGUGCCUGCCAAUCACUUGAGGAGCUCAAAUCAAGAAUCACCACAAUGCCGUUUAUGGAGUAUGCCACACGUCACUACGGGUAUCAUAUCCAACCGGUUGAGGAGGACCUGGUCUCCGAGCUCAUCACAUUUCUGAGCCAUAAACUCUUGCUUGAGAGUUCUUGGCAACUUCUCCACUUUGUCGUUAAUAUAGAGAGCCAAUCGGCUCAGGACCUCGUCAAUACCGUGCCCAGCCAGGCGACAAUGUUACAUGUCGCAUGUUACUGGGGGUUUUCGACCUUGUUGCCCAAGUGCCUGGAGAUGUCCUCGGUAACCGACGCUGCGAGUGGGCCUCUCUCGCGCCGGCCCCUCGCACCCAUAGGAAGCGCUCUCUUUCCCGUCUUUGCACCCGCAAAAGCAGACGCGCUGAACAGGACUGAUUCACACGGGUGGACGCCUCUCCACUGGGCGGCGUCGAAUGGGCAUGCCGAUCUGACUGCUAGUCUUCUUGACGAGGGAGCAGAUAUCAAUGCCGUAGACAAGGCGGCCUGGACACCUCUCUUCUGGGCUGUUGUCCGCGGCCAUUGUGAAGUUGCGCUGUUGCUGCUAGAGCGUGGGUCCGAUCUGAACCAAUCUGACGGUAGUGGAUUUACCCCGGUUCACUGGGCGGUCCUGGCCGGGGCCACAGACAUGGCAUCGUUGCUGCUCAGGUACGCAUUGCGGCUGCUUCAGCUCUCCAGAACCGCAAAGCCUUCAUAUCGAAUACGCGAGCUCACAGUUGCGGAGGCAAAAGCUCUCCGUCAGCCGAAUCCGAAGCGGUGCAAAAACCUCUUCCACCUGGUCACCGAGGUGUCUGACACGGAAUCGUUCGCGGAACUGGCAAGAUUAUAUGACAAUAUGUCCGAAAUGCAAAAUAUUGGGUUCAGUACAGAGACAGUGACUGCAUUGUGGGACCAGACCAAGGUCGUGCUUUCAAAAGGCGAGAUUGGAUAUUGGUGGAAGAUGCAGCAAAGGACCCCAAUUGACGGGGUGAGGAGGCAACUUCUUACCAAUGCUAUCCAGUGUGAAGAUGUAGAGUUGGUCAAGUCUAUUCUCGAUCUAAGCCGUGACUUGGAUAGGGACCUUGCUGGCGAUGUGGUAUCGGCACGGGGUGCAAGCUAUGUGCAUGUGGCGGCAUACAGUGGAAGUGCGGAGAUAAUGCGCAUCAUUUGCCAGGCUGGACUACCCCUAACGACGACUGACUCGAGGGGGCUCACGCCUCUUCAUUACGCAUGCCGAACGGGCAGUCUGGAGAUUGUGGAUAUUCUCCUGGAGGCGAACGUUGAAGUAGAAGCUAGGGACACGUACCAACGAACCCCCCUGAUGUAUUUGCUAGCCUUCGGAGGAUGGCGGACAGCCCUCACUCCAGGACAUGGUUUGGUGAUUUUAAGGGCUCUGGUUUCAAAGGGAGCAUCUAUUCACUCAAGCGACUCUCGUGGGCUGCAAGCCAUCCACUAUGCCAUGGCCACCGAGGACCCGGACGUUAUUCAGGCUUUGCUGGACCUCGGUGCCGACCCCGGCGCGGUUUCUAAAGACCUUGAAACACCGCUUCAUGUUCUUGCCCAAGGAUCCAGUGACCAUCGGGGGGCUCUUAGCAGUGAGGGGUUCCGGAGUGAGUUUCAUGAGUACAAGAUAUCGCUAAGUAUCAAAGAGGCGGUUGCCAAAUUGGUUGUCCGAAAUUCUACCCCAGAUGUUCUCAGAGCUGGGACGGCCUCGGGCGCGACGGCGCUGGCUUUGGCAAUCCGAUGUCGUAAUUGGAUCCUAGCUCAAGCUCUCCACGAGGCCGGCGCGCCCUUCCGGUACCAGUCUCCUCUUUCUGAUAUCUCUGAUAUCUCUGAUAUCUUCGAAACUGUCGCAGAGAAUGGCUUCUACGAGCUUCUCCGGAUCCUCAUUUCAGCGGGGUUGGUGCCAGGGAAACAAAAUAUCUUCCCUAAGACCUCCGCUAUCCUACCCGCGCAGAACCCUCACCGGUGGGACUGGAAAUGGGUCGAUACAUCCGGUUCUGAGGCAUUUCCUCGCCGCAGCCAUGCGCUGACCCUCCAAGAGCUGCUUGCUCUCGGCGUGAAUAUCAACCACGAGAGCACCGACUUGAGGAGGACGGCAAUCCAGCUGGCUGUUGAACGGGGGAUAGACGAUACUUCGUAUUUGGAUGCCCUUCUCGAAAGCGGGGCGGACAUGUACACCGGCACGGAGGAGGGACUAGAUUCCAUCCACCUUGCCCUACUAUGCGGAAAGUUGGACAACCUAGCAGUGCUAGUGAACCACGCGGCCCGCGACCCGUCACCCGACACCUGGCUCACCAACUGGUUGCGGGAAUCCCAAACUGCGCCCACGCAAGACGGCCCCGCCGCCUUCGAGACUUGCGUCGCUGCCAUUCGCCACUCCGGGAUAUUCCAGGCAUGGGACCUAGAUGGCCACACACUCCUCUUUCACGCCGCGUCAAAGGGAAACAUGGCUCUGGCCCAAGCCCUCAUCGAUCUCGGCUCCGAAGUCAACUUGUGCGAUCCCCUCGGCUGGACGCCGCUCCACGGAGCCGUGCGAGCCCAUCAGAAGGACAUGGUGGAGCUCCUGAUCCGCAGCGGUGCCGCCGUCCACGCGACAGUGCAAGACACGUCGCCGUUUUCUCAGCAGUCAUAUGCUCCAGUCACCGACGGGGAAGGAUCUGUACCCGCCAUCAACGCCCUACACAUCGCCGUGGGGAUCGGCCCGAACCAGGACCACUUCUCGCCCGACAUCGUUAGGCUGCUACUCGAGAACGAGGUGGACCCGGGAGGGAAGGCGACGAAUCUUGCGGAUCCGCGGGAGUACGGCGUCGAGCGCGAUGCGUCUCCUUUGCAGAUCAUGUUUCGGAAGUGGGGGGCCAGUAAGUCGGCGGACUUCUUCGCCGUUGUGCAGUUGCUGGUGGAUUUUGGAGCGGAUGUGAGGGGCAUUGCGGAGAGGUUGGAUGUGUGGGAUGUUAGUGCGUUUGAGGGGUUUGAGAGCCUGUGGGAUGUUUUUAGGACCGCUGACGACGAGAUUGAUACACUUGGUGUUGACUGA